CUCCCCUUCGUCAAGAUCAAUGAAAGAUACUCACUUCGGAAAGGAGAUGGCAAAUUGGUAUAGGGCCUACGAGAACUGUCGCGAGCUGGGUUCCGAACUGGUGACCUUUGAAGCCUCACGGGAGUUUGAUGCCGUUAAUUGGUAUUUAAAAAACAAGGAUGUUCGCUCUAAUCACUGGACAUCCGGAAAUGACCUCGCCCAUACUGGCAUCCACAAUUGGUUUACCAAUGCUAAGCUCAUAGAUAUAAAUCGGUGGGCCCCCACACAAUCAAACAACAGGGGCGGAGAACAGCAUUGCGUGCACAUGUGCUGCAGGUCCAAACCCUCGAAAGACUUCAGACUAAACGAUAAAUCCUGCAAAGGUAGUUCAAUGAAAUAUGUGUGGGAGCUGCCAGUGCAAGGAUCUACGCCAUUUAUAGUUGGGAAGUAG